CGCCUCGUCCCUGACUAAGCAUGCAGGGCGCAGGCGCAGGCGCGGAAGGCCGGCCCAGUCCCUGGACGCCUCUUGAGAGAAAACUUCGGGGCGCAGGCGCCGCCGGAACCGGAAGUUCGUUUUUCUGCCCGAUCUUGAGCCGGCUUCGCCAGCAAUCACAAUGGUGGUCAGCCUCGGUUCCUUUCACCCCCCCCACUGGGGGAGGGGCCGGAAAUACGUAAGCCCCACGCAGCCCGCACGCGCCGGCGGCUUGGCGUCACUUCCGGGCGGGGGCCCGUCGUGUCGCGCCGGUGACAGUCGCUGCCUGAAGCCGGCGGUGACUGAGCCGGGGGCCGGGCCGGGCGCGGGCCGAAGGCAGGCGUCCGGGGCCAAGGCCGGGUCCGAGUCCAGCCUGAGGGAGGGCCGGAGCCGGGGCAUGGACGCGGCCAAGAUGGACGAGAAUGAAUGGACGUACCAUGGGGAAGGCAACAAGAGCCUGGUGGUGGCGCACGCGCAGCGCUGUGUGGUGCUACGUUUUCUGAAGUUCCCGCCAAACAGGAAUAAGACGUCUGAAGAAAUCUUCCGCCAUCUGCAGAACAUAGUGGACUUUGGCAAGAAUGUCAUGACAGAGUUUUUUGGGGAGAACUACGUGCACCAUGGGGAGGUUGUUCAGCUCCCCCUGGAUUUUGUGAAGCAGCUCUGUUCAAAGAUCCAGGCAGAGAGACCAGAGUCUCGCUGCGACAAGGACCUGGACACUCUCAGCGGCUACGCCAUGUGCCUUCCCAACCUCACCAGGCUGCACACCAGCCAUUUUGCAGAACACCGGCCCAUCCUCUGUGUGGAGAUUAAGCCAAAAUGUGGAUUCAUUCCCUUCUCCAGGCACGUGACCCAGGAGAUGAAGCACAAGGUGUGUCGCUACUGCAUGCAUCAGCACCUGAAGGUGGCGACGGGCAAAUGGAAGCAGAUCAGCAAAUACUGUCCCUUGGACCUCUUCUCAGGAAAUAAACAGAGAAUGCACUUUGCCUUGAAAAGUCUGUUACAGGAAGCACAGAACAACCUGAAGAUAUUCAAGAACGGUGAGCUGAUAUACGGCUGCAGGGACCAGCGGGACUCGGCGGCGGACUGGAACGAGCUGGCCUGCCACCUGAAGCCCUUCUUCUACCCCUCCAACGGGCUGGUGGGCGGCCCGCACUGCACCCGGACCAUCAUCAAGGAGCUCAUCCACGUGAUCACCCUGACCCUGCUCAGCAGCACCGACAAGUGCCGGGCCGGGGACCUGAAGGUGGUCCCUUCCUCGCAGGGGAGGGGCUGCUGCGAGGCCAGUCCCUUCGGCAGGGAGCUGCUCAGAAACGGUAAAGCUGCCGGGCCCCCUGCUCCCUGCCCUCUGCCCUCUGCCCUCUGCCCCAGCCAGCCUCACUCGUGGUUCACGUCCAUGCCUCCCUCCUGCCUCUACCCGCUCUACCGCCGCGUCGAGAGGCACCUGCAGGAGUUCCCUGAGGAGAGGGACCUCCUGCAGAUAGAUGGGCCUUACGACGAAGCCUUUUACCAGAAGCUCCGGGACUUGUCCACCGAGGACGACGGGACCCUGGCCUACGCCCUCACCAAGGUGGCCGCUCACCCUGCCUGGGGGGGGGCCACCAAUGCUCGCGGGGGGGAGGGAGGGAUUCUGCAGCAGGUGCCCCUCCCUCCCCCCCAGGGUUGA